AUGCCAGAGAAGGGCUACUACGUCUCGCAGCGGGCACUCUCCAACCUGGUCCCGCCCACACCAAACCUCCACGCCGUCCGCUCGCACUGCUUCCACAACCAGUACGACCCGGAAACCAACCCGGACGGCAUCGUCGCGCUGGCCAUCGCCGAGAACAAGCUGAUGCGCGAUGAGAUCUGCGCGCACAUCAACGCCCACACGGCCAUCACGCCGUGGCACUUGACCUACGGGCAGGGGCCGACGGGGUCGCUCGAGCUGCGCAGGGCGCUGGCGGCGUUCGUGCGCGACGUGUUCCGCCCCAGCAUGGGUAUCGACGAGAAGAACGUCUGCGUCUGUCUCGGCGCGGGCAACGCCGUGGAUAAUCUGGCUUUCUGUCUCGGGGAGCCGGGCGACGGCAUCCUCGUGGGCAGGCCGCUCUAUGUGGGAUUUUUCCCGGAUAUCGAGGCCAGGGCAAAAGUCAAGCCCGUCCUCGUACCCUUUGGCCCUGGUACGGACCCCACCUCCGCCGCGGCGGUGCCCUUCUACGAAGCUGCUCUACACCGAUCAAACGCCGCCGGCGUACCCAUCAGGGCCAUCCUCCUGUCCAGUCCGCACAACCCGCUGGGGAGACCGUACGAGAACGACUUCCUCACGGGCAUCAUGCAGCUCUGCGCCAAGCACAACAUCCACCUGAUCUCGGACGAGGUCUACGCACGCUCCAACUUCCCCAGCACCGACAUCCCCAACCCGGCGCCCUUUGUGUCGGUGCUCUCGUUCAACCUGGCCGAGUACAUCGACCCGUCGCUGGUGCACGUCAUCUACGGCAUGAGCAAGGACUUUUGCGCCAACGGGAUCCGCGUGGGCGCGCUGAUCUCGCCCGCCGCCAACGGCACCGUGAUGCGGUGUUUCCGCGCCGUGGCGAGUUUCAGCCGCGCCUCCCAGCUCGCCGAGCACGCCUGGCUGAAUCUCCUCAACGACCGGCCCUUUCUGGACACGUACUUCCCGCUGCUCCAGCAGAGGAUGACGGACGCUUACGAGUUCACCACCGCGUUUCUGAGACAGCACGACAUUCCCUACACCAAGGCGAGCGUGACGAGUUUCAUCUGGGUCGACCUGAGUCGCUAUCUCAGAGAGGACAGCGUCGAGGCCGAGCUGGAGCUGAAUUGGAAAAUGGCCCACGGCGGCGUGUGGUUGGCCAUGGGGGCGAGUUUCGCCAGUGAGAAGAACGGCAAUUUUAGGAUAACGUUUGCGACACCGAGAGAGGAACUGAGCAUGGGGUUAGAAAGGUAUGAUAUUGCGAUUGUUUCCUUGACGUGGUGUGGUGUUGACGGUUUGUCUUGA